AUGAGGCUCGUUAUCCUCCUCUGUCUGUCUGAUAUUCAGCCACAGUGUCUCAUCUCGUACACGCGCCUCUCUCUAGUAAAGAUGGAGGAUAGACGGUGGAUUUGGCUCUCACGUGGACCUGAGCGUCGAGAUAGAUCCCCAGUGGGGCUUGUGGAAUCGAGUGGUGGGAGAGGAAAACGGAGCAGUGAUGACUCAUCUUGCACUAAGCAGAUUUUUUGUCCAAUCAGAUGCUCUCUUGAAGAAGAAUGGCCCGCCCCCUUAUGCCACAUACAACCGACUACUAUAACACUGAUCUGGAGUCAGCACCCUCAACUGGUUGGUCAUGAGUUUUGCUCCGAGUCCGUUCACCCCCAUGGGCAUCUGCGGAGCAUUCAGGAGCAGCGGGACCGCUGGGAGAGGAAGAGGAGCCGCACGGCCCGCGAGCUGGUCCUGAGUGAACAAAGAUACUGCGAACAGCUGGAUCUAGUCGUCACGUACUUUGUGGAGAUCUUGAAGGCCAAAGGAACCCUCAGGCAGGACAUUAGAGAAAGCAUCUUCAGUUCAAUUAAAUCCAUUCAUUUAAUAAACCAGACCCUGCUCACUCAUCUAGAACUGGGGAGAUUUGGCAUUGGGUUUGAGGAGUUUUGCACUCAUUUGCAGUUGUACAAAACGUAUGUUGACAACAUUCAGACGGCUAACAAAGUCCUCAUGGUUCAGGUGAAGAAAAGCAAAGCCUUCAGACGGUUUAAAAAGCUCCAGGAGUCCAGGCCUGAGCUCAAUCAGCAGAAACUUGAGGAUUUGCUAACGCUUCCUCUUCAGCGCAUCCAGCACAAACCACAGGACUUUGUGUCGCACCCUGAAUUUUCUCCACCCAGUUAUCACAGAGAUAUCCUCUAAUUUCCCUCGAAACUGCAGAGCGCUGACAUCUCAAUCAGCA